UAUUUGCCGUGUUUAUUAUCAAUUAUACUUUAAUACUUCUAAAGACUGAAACCUGUUUAUAGUAAUUACUUAUGCAUCGGCUGACUUUCCCUAUACUUAUUUUUUCUGUUACUUAGUUGAAGUUUUUGCUCUUGUUUCUGUUUUCUGCUGCAUUAUCUUGGUUUUUUUUUUUUGCUUCUGUAUUGUUUGGGUUUAUAGCAGGUUAUAAAAAAAGGUUAAAGGCUAUUGAAUUGGGUUUAAGUGACCUAGAGACCAGAGUAUGGCUUCAGAAACUGCUAUUCCAGACGGUGACGAGGGCAAUGCAGUCCAUAGAUCUGGGAAAGCUUGUUGAGUUGCACCAGAGAAGGUGCAUUUUUACUGUGACAAUUGCAUUCUAUGGAACCGUAAGCAUAAUAUUAUGAGGUUCCCCGAUAUUUAUGCAAUUGUCAUUCAGAAUCCAAGUGACUGUUAUCUUUCUGCGAGGAUGUGGAACCUGUUGACCUCAUUUUUGUGGAUCUUUCUUGAAACAAUUUGCAUCAGGCAUUCCUCCAGCAAAAAGAAGCAGGGGAAACCUUCUAAAAGAAUUCAUAAAGCAGAGAGGGAGAAGAAGAAACGUGACCACAUGAACGUCCUAUUUGUAGAGCUCAGGAAAGCUAUUGAACCAGCUCAGCUGUCCAGUGGAAAGGCCUGCAUUGUGAAUGAUACCAUUCGACUGCUUAAGGAUCUACUUGCUCAGGUUUACAGUCUCAAAAAGGAUAAUGCUGCUCUUUUAUCCGAAUCUCAUUAUGUCGCUGUUGAGAAGAAUGAGCUCAUUGAAGAAAACUCCGCUCUCAAAUCUCAGGUGGAGAAGCUUCAGAGUGAGAUCACAGAGAGGACUCAAUCCCAGUCGUCAGUGAACUUAAAUAUUUGGCCUUCACAAAGCCCCAUUGCUGCUUCAGAACUGCAAGAAGAUAGUUUGAGACUGCCUUCCACUGAUCACCAACUACUAUCAUCUUCGGUUGUUGCUCCCAUCUUUGUUGUGCCUUUACAUCAUGAUUCUCCUAUUUACCACAAAGGAUCCCAAAAUGAUACAGCGGAAGAUUUUCAAUGCAAUGCUUCUCUCUCCAAUGUGAAGAAACCGCGUCCUCGCUAUCCAUCACCUUCAGAUUCAUGGCCAUCUCAAAUACUUGACGAACAGCUAAAUGGACGUGAGAUUACUCAGUAGUGAUAGUGUUAGCUCUGGCACCAGCGGCAGCUGAGAUCUGGAACUUAAUUAGUAGUGAGUAGCAUGUCUCAUUGUAAAUACUGAUGUUUCUUGAAUUCUAUGUCUGAGACGAUCUUUUUGUAAGUUGUAAGCCUGUCUGUAAUGGAUCUGAAUCUUAGUCUGCCAUAAUAGAUGUGUGGAAUGCCAUGUUUUGUGAGUAAAACUGUACACAAUAACAGAUGAAAAUUCUAGCGAGGUUGAUCUUAGAUGAUCAAAAUGUGCACUCAAAACAAAAAAUAAAAGGUUAAUGAUAUUGCACCUGGUCUA